UAUGCAGAGAUGGCAGCAUCUGUAGAUGUCCACGUACGAAUAUGUGAACAAGAAAUCAUCAAGUAUGAUUUAGAAAUAAAAGCUCUCAUUCAGGAUGUGAAUGACUGCACAGGACCACAAAGCAAACUCACAGAUUUAAAUUGUAAAGUUAAAGAGAAAUUCAACAAUCUUAGACAACGGAUCCAGGAUCUAGAACAAAUGGGAAAAGAACAGGACAAAGAGUCAGACAAGUUGACCCUUCUCAAUAAAGUUGAAGGGCAUCAGAAACAGAUGCUUAGUGAUCAGACAGCAUGGAGGAAGGCAAAUCUUGCAUGCAAACUCUCCAUUGAUAAGUUGGAGAAGGAAGAUUUAUUAAAUUCAGAGAGCAUGUCUGUAAGGCACAGAAACAUGACGAAAGAGAGCCAGGUUCAGACCUCCAGUGACAUAACAGAGAGUCUAAUGAGCAUCAGCCGGAUGGUGUCACAGCAGGUUCAGCAGAGUGAAGAGACAAUGAGCUCACUUGUGACAUCUUCAAGGACAGUGCUGGAAACCCAUGAAGAGUUUAAAGCCAUGUCAGGCACCAUACAGCUGGGUAGAAAACUCAUCGUUAAAUAUAAUCGACGGGAACUUACUGAUAAGCUUCUUAUUUUUCUUGCUCUUGCUCUCUUCUUGGCUACAGUCGUGUAUAUUCUAAAGAAAAGACUCUUCCCUUUCUUUUGAGCAUUGACCAAACUAUAAUUUUGAAAAAAAUGAUGGAUAAAUGUCAACAUUGUUCAAAAUAGAAGACAUUUCUCCUUUUUGUGAGAUUGUUAAUUCUUCCACAAAGAAUGAAAAAGCAUAUGACAAGUUUCUGUUUUGAGAUACUGUUGCAGAAGAGAAGCCGUAACUUAUUUGUGCUGUCAUUCUGUGUCAUUACUUACAUUUAUUUUUUAUCUUUUAACAUUUAUAAUAUUUAUGAUAAAAUUAUUACAUAACUAAAGUGAGUUAAAUUGUGAAUAAUCAAAAUGCAAGUCUAUUUUAUUCCAGCAGAAGUGUUUAACAAAUAAUGUAGUAGUGUACUACCAAUAAAAUCUCUACAUUUUUAAACAUUCCCAAGUGUAAAUAGAUGUUUAUUGCUCCUCUAAAGCCUGAAAAUAGUCUCUGUUUUACCAACAUUUUAAGUUUUACGUUUUAAAUGUGUAAUAUAGGCAGGAUCCAGUUAUAGUUUCCAGUGAUAAAACAUCGGUCUUCUAUAUCAAAAUGCUGUUGUAGUAGAUGUGGUUUUGUAAAUAAAUAGUGAAAGUAAAAAAUUGUCUUUACAUUUAAAAGUUAAGAAAUAGACAUUAAAUUAAGACUUAAUUUUAAGUCUUAUUUUUCAAUAAUAAUAAUAAAAAUAAAAAAAAAUCAAUAAGAGGUAACACCAUGGAACAUUUAUUUAGCAAAAAAAAAAAAGUUGAAUUAAGGUCUGAAAAUCUAACCCCAUGGUGUUAGCGCUAAAGUAGUCUGCCAGUUUCUCAGUUUCUUGCCUCUAGCUGAGCCCAGGCUAGACACUGGAUGCUGUCACUUGGACACCUACAGUAUGACAGGCAAUUUAGGUUAGUUAAACUCACAUCCUGGGCUGCGAUGAACUAGCAGCUGUUUUGCUGGGCAGGACAGAACUGGAGUAUCACAGAGGGAAAAGCUCAGAAAAGCUAUGGCCAUAAUCAGAGCACUACUGAUAAAAAGGCAUGCAACCCUGUCUUUCCUCCGAUAAGACCCGGAUAGGCUGAUUAUUCCAUCCCUGGUCUCUUUCUCUCCCUCGCUCUCUCCAUCUCUCUGUCAUUCUCCUUCCAUUGUGGCUGGAGGACAAGGUCUGUUAUUUUUAGAGAUGUGCAUCCAUGUUAUCUGACUUGUUCUUUUCAACGCCUCUGAAGAGUGGACCACUAUUGCAACUGUGUGACCUUUCUCUCUACCUCUCAGGGUCGCCACAUUUGAUGUGAAAUUAUAGUCAUUUUCACUGUAACUAACUACUCUACUGUGUUAAUGCAAUACAUAUGUUUUAUCUAUAAGCAGAUGUUAGCUCAGUGGUAGAUAUUUGUUAUUGAGAGGGGGAAUUGUGUUUACAGAUAUGUGUGGAGAGGCCAGAGAGAUGCCCAAGGACAAACUAUUACUCAUUUUAAGUGGCAGCAAAUAUAGAUCUCCUUCCCUCCUCCAAACAAGUCUUUACAUGCACAACCAUGCACCCUUACCUCUCUAUGUCAAGCAAGUUGUGCCAUUCUACACACUAAGCACAGCACUUUAGUGUUGUCAAUCAAGGGUGAAACAAAUUCUUAUAUAAAAAUACAAAAACCAUACAAAGUGCUUAUGAGGAUGUAUUAUAAACACAAAACACGAAAAGUUCACGAAAAGUGGAUGUGUAGUAACAUUUUAAUAGAGGCCAGCUGGCGAUAAACUGCACGUAAUUGGAUAAUCAGUCAUCACAAUGAUGACAAAGUCCCACCCCAAACAAGUUAAUUUAAAGGUCAGAGUGUUUUACUCUGAAAACCCGUCAAAUCAAUUCACAUGAUACACCAACAAGGUGACAGAUCACUUUACCUGAAAUAUUUGCAACUUUAAAAUGUUAUUACUUCAAAUAUUUAAUUCUUGACGUUUGCAGCGCAAAUAUUUACCUGUCUAAGUAAUGUAAAAUAGUCUAUUACUCCUCCACAUAAAAAAACACGGAACUUAUAGGCUAUUAAAUAUUGUUAUUUCAGAAAAUUUUUAGAUGUUGUAUUAAUACAUCAUAUUGAUUUUUAGUGGAUAAAUCUUUGAUAAGCUUAACAAAUAAACUCAACCUUUGGUAAAGCAUGCGUAGACACAGUUUGUAAACAACGACUAGAAUAAACACUUGUAUUGUAAGUUUUGUUGUUGUUAUUGUUGUUGUUGUUUAAAAUCCUCCAAUUAAAGUUUUUGUUUUCUCAAAAUAUUU